CGCGCUGCGGCGGGCGGGGGACGGAGGCAGCGCCAUGGGCGCGGAGCAGAGCGCCGAGGCCGAGAGCCGCCCGGGCGAGCCCAGCGCCGCAGCAUCUCCGUUGCCAACCAAGCAACGAGCAAAAAUGGACGACAUUGUGGUCGUAGCCCCAGGAACACAAUCUUCACGGAAUGUCAGCAAUGAUCCAGAUGUCAUAAAACUGCAGGAAAUUCCAACUUUCCAGCCCCUUUUGAAAGGACUCCUCAGUGGGCAGACGUCCCCGACCAACGCCAAGCUGGAGAAGCUGGACCCGCAGCAGGUGCUGCAGCUGUGCCUGCGGUACCAGGACCACCUCCACCAGUGUGCCGAGGCCGUGGCCUUCGACCAGAACGCGCUGGUGAAGCGCAUCAAGGAGAUGGACCUCUCUGUGGAAACACUUUACAGCCUCAUGCAGGAGCGCCAGAAGAAGUACGCCAAGUAUGCGGAGCAGAUCCAGAAGGUCAACGAGAUGUCUGCCAUCCUGCGCCGGAUCCAGAUGGGCAUCGACCAGACGGUGCCGCUGAUGGAGCGGCUGAACAGCCUCCUGCCAGAGGGAGAGCGGCUGGAGCCCUUCUCCAUGAAACCCGACCGGGAGCUGAGGUCGUAGCGCUCCGGCAGCUCACCCUCCUCACCUUCCACCCUCCACGUUCGGCACGGAUGCGCUUCCAGCAGGCUGCACUGGCAGGUGUUUGGAGCGGGCAGCGCUGCUGCUGGCCUCUCUGCCAGGGCACUGGAGGGAGAGCAGCGUCAGCUGCCAGAGCUGCACAGCCAGGAAUCCAGGAGCUCUCUGGAGGAGAUGAUUUACCAUUCUCUCAUCUCCCUCCUCUCGCCCUCCUGUCUCCUUUGCCACUAUACCACUGUGCAGAAAUAUUUGUUUCAUUGCUGUGACUAGUUGGGGUUUUCAGAGGAGGAAUUUCCUUUCAUCUGAUUUAUUUUUUUUACUAAAAAAAUUCAAAGGGAUAUUGGGUGUGAUGAACCCUUUAAUGUGUUUCUUGUAUGACUGGGGUUUAGACAAUUAGAUGGCUGGAAGGUAUUUCUGAGAACCUCUGGCCUUGGAAAUAUAUGUGUUUUAUAGGUGAAAGUGUGGGAGCCAGGAACUGGCUUAUUAAAGACUGGCCAUUAUCAUAAACAACAUGGUUUGCACGGCAGGGUUUUAGCACGUCCUUGAGGCUCCUGUUUCUAUGGGCUCACUCAUCUAUGAGGCUGUAAAGGAGUAACUGUUGUAGAUACAUAUAUCUGUUAAUGUAAAGCAAACUUCAGUGUUCCUCUCCCCCUUGCCCUGGAAAUGUCCCCAUGCCUCAGCUUGGUGGCAUUUCGUGUCCCUCUGACAGGCACCAGUACCAACCUGCUCACUUUGAGUCCCAAAGUUGGACACAAGGUGUCUUUUUUUUUUUUAAUCAGGACACUGGAGUUACCUUGGUGCUGGUUUUUUUUGUUUGUUUUCUUUUUUUUUUUUUUUACCAGUGGGGUACAGCUGCUUCUUCAAGUGUGUGAGGGUGGAGGGGAGAGAGACCAGAAAUCCUCUGUCUCUUUGUGUUAGUUUAGCUGCCCUUGUGCCAGGAGCUGGCAGUGGCACACUGCUGAAUGACUGAAACUACAGGGCCCUUCUCAGCCACCUGCUCCAAAGGCAACGGGAUGUUCUUGCCUCCUCCCAGGCAAGCCAAGGCUGAAGAGCCCAUGAGACCCAGGGGUUGUUGUGUGUCAGGAGUGCAGUUCCAGCAGUGACAACAGUCAGGGACAACCCAGCUUCCAGUACAGCACAAGGUAGGGUCACUUGCCAAAGGCAUCUUGGUUCAAUAUGUCUUAAUACUUAAGAGCAUUUAUUAAGUAAAAAGUUGUCUCUGAGCAUUUGGAAGUAAGAGUGCAGUAGGUUUUUGAUUGUAAUAAUUCUUGCCUGGUGGCAAGAAGCAACAGGCUAUUCUCUUGGUGCAGUCCCAGAGGCCAUGUAGCAUGAAUUUGUGUCAUGCAGACUGCAGCCAACUUAGAUGUGCAUCUGAACCGCGGUGGUGGAUGGAUUCCAGGGCCUGCUGAACACUAUCUAGAAGCAGAGUCCUGUAGAAAUUAAGCCCCCUGAAAUGAUGCCCUGGAAGGUGGGACUGACUGUUUCAGGGAGGGCAGAGAACUCAGCAGGAGGGUUUUUAGGAAAGGCUUGCUGCUCUCACCCCUGAGGUUUUACACAGUUGUACAUACACAGGUAUAUGCUGUGUAUUGCCCAGGAUAAAACAUUGGAAUUCCAUCUUUGUUGAAGCUUCCUGCCAUGUUUUAUGCUUGGUUACAUGAGACUUAACACAGGAAAAGCUGCUUGUCAUGGCCAUGCCCUUGUGGGUCCUCAGUGUCCAUCAUAGAAUUUGUCUCUGCCAGCCACCAUCAGACACACAAGAAUAUUGAGCUGCUUUAAAUAGUGGCUGCAGCCAUUUUUGUAUUCUUUGUCCAGAUGAUGCUGUCUGGAUGUUUAAAAUGUGUGACAUCCAGCUCUCUGCCAGAUGGGAUCGUGAGUGUCCCAAACCCUGGUGUGCUGGAAGCCUGUGCCAGUGGAAAGAUAUUGGAUCUCAAGGCAGAUGCUUUCUGCUGUAAGACACUUCUCUGAGGCUUGUAGACAUUUGGCCUCAGGCCAUUAAGUACCAGAUCAAAGCAUUGCUCCCUGCAGUGCUAAGGAGGGCAAAGGAAUGGUAUUCCCAAGUGAAGGCUGCAGGAGCCAAGCACUGUAAAUCAGUUCUUCCUCAUUUGCCAGAAAACACCAAGGCAUUGGGCUGAGAAUGGGAGAAAACCUUUGUUCCUAGGAACGCUGGUCUUUAGACUUGUGGCUAUGCUGCUGGGCCUCACAGACAGAUCUUCUUGAACAGCAAGGGCAGGUUAUGUAAAGUGCAAUAACGGAACUAAAAAGAAAUUAGAGCUGAAAUGUGAAGGCCAACUUUCAAAAGAAAAAUGUGUCUCUUCCAAUGCUCACAUCAUCACCUUCAUUCCACAGGUGAUAAUCUCUCAUAUGGGUACUGUUGGAAGGUUGCACACUUGAGCUGCCCUUGAACGAUGGUUUACAGUUUUAUUUAGAUCAAUGUCACUGCCUUCAGGGAGUGUAAGUCUUUGGCCCUCUUGCUGAGGGGGAAGACGUGUCCUGCCACAUCAUCUCGAGCUGCUGUUUGUUGCUUGGCUGGUCUUUUGUUGGCUUUGCUCCACAUGCUGCUUUCAGCUUCAGCUCAGAUGCAGGUGGUACUUAGGGUGAGGCUGAUGCUUCCCUCUCAUGGUGUUUAGCAGGAGCUUGGAGAUGUGACUGGAAUCACCUUUCUGCUUAUGAAUUUCCUCUUCCUAAGCCAAAGACUCGUGGAGGAGACCUCAGGUAUCUUUUGUGAAUGUACCAGCUCUUACUUCUGCCACGAAUUUAGUGCUAUGAACAGGGAGUAAUCUGGUGUGCUCCCCUGAAACCAGACACUGCUGCCCUUUUCUGCUUUCUGGGGUGGUGUGUGGUCUGGGGUACGGGCUAAGCUUCUUGAUAUGUGAUUUUGGGAAAAGCUGGGGAGGAGGACAAGUCACUGGGGCUGUGGUUCCUCUUUGGCCUGAGCUGCUCCGGCCCUUCCCGACUCUGCUGAUGCAACUCCCCCGUUGUGCUGCCGCUGGUGCUCCUUUAAUGUCUCAUGCUGGUCACUGUGCUGCCCAUGCAGAGCAGGUUUGCUUUGUCGUUUCCGUUCUUUUUGUCACUGAAUGCAUUGACAGGGUGCUAAAGUGCCAACCGACCUGCAGGGCAAUUCCUGUGAAGAUCUGCUGAAGGGGAGAGAAAAGAGUUUUUGUUGUUUUUUAAAUAUAUGUAUUUUAAAUUAAAUAUAUUUAAAUAUUUAAAAUGUGUUUUCCCCUCCUCCAGGCUUUUACACAGAGAGAGUAGAAAUACAGGUUUUCUCAGGCUCAUUGGUUGCAUGAGCCAGCCCCUCUCUCAGACUGUGUGCCAGUAGUUUCCCGAGGUACUGCUGUAAAUCCCUCCCCUUCCCAAGCUGCCAGAGGGUAUUUGUGGCUGAGCACUCCAUGGUUUAUGGGUGGUUACCCUGUUCAGCUUCCUACAUGCUCCAUGUUCCACAGCUCCAGCAUUAAAACCUUUGGUGUGGCUCUUUUCCAAGUGUGUUGUUUCUCCAAUUGCAGUAUUGCUCAUUCUUCAUUCCCAUUUCCCACCGCAGUGUCUGGGCAGUGGGGGCACAUCUCAGCUUUACUUUGUAUCUACUCUACGCCAUGGGGGAGGCUGAUUUCAGCUGCCUCUGCCCUGGGAUUGAGAGGAAACAUGUCCCAAGAAUGAAAAUAAAUGCGGGUUGGUUCCCACCCCCGCCCCCAGUGCUGCCCCAGUUCUGUUUGGCACUGAUGUCCAGUUUGAAUACAAGAUGUGAGCAGCGAUGCUUGGGACUUGGCAUUGGGAAAGCGGAAUGGUGAUGAACUCUCACCUGCACAGGCAAUACUGAAUAAAGAGAGACAAAUUUACAUGGUUUCUUUUUGUUUUGCUGUUGUUUUGUAUUUGUUUUUUUCUAAUGGCCUGAUGCCCCAGCCUCAUUGUUGCCUGGGGUGUCACACUUUGGCUUUGUACAGCAGUGGAGCAUUCUGAGGGUCCCUGGAAACAGCAGCUGAAAUCCACUCCUCAGAGUGAGCAAUCCCUUGCAGCAGGACAACGCUCCAGAAGUGUUUCGCAGCAUUUUACGUGCCAGGAAAGCAGCCCCUUCCCAGAGGGGUGGGUGUUGCAGAAGGCAAGAAAUAGCUCCCUUUUUCUAUUUAUGGUGAUUCUUACUAAUAUUCUUUAAAGUGCAGAAUUAGCUGAAGGCU